UUGAUACAACAACAUGUCAGUGUAUAUCAUCAACUAUUUCAAGUCUCCAAUUAAGUUUUUGUGGGAUUUGAGUAUGAAGAUGAAGCUUUUGUUAACAGUCGGCACUUGCUUAGUACUUUGGUCGGUGAUGUUAGUAUCUUUCUCAAACGUCUUCAAACACCACCUUCUUGGCGCUAUAGUCAACGGUUCAAAUGAUUCCGACAAACCUAGGGAUAAACUGUUAGAAGGUCUUUUAACUGCUGAUUUCGAUGAAGAUUCUUGCUUAAGUAGGUAUCAGUCUUCCUUGUAUCGCAAGCCAUCUCCUUACAAGCCUUCUCAAUAUCUUGUCUCUAAGCUUAGAAGCUAUGAGAAGCUUCACCAGCGUUGCGGUCCAGACACAGAAGCUUACAAGCAAGCAACAAAGAAUCUUGGUCAUGAUGAUGAGAAUUAUGCAAACAAGUCCGUUGGUGAAUGCAAAUACAUUGUGUGGGUCGCGGUUUACGGUCUUGGAAACAGAAUACUAACUCUUGCCUCAGUCUUCCUCUACGCGCUCUUGACAGAGAGAGUUGUCCUUGUUGAUCAAAGCAAAGACAUAAGUGAUCUCUUCUGCGAGCCGUUUCCAGGUACUUCAUGGUUACUCCCUAAUGAAUUUCCAUUGAUGAAUCAGAUCGAUGGCUACGACAAAGGAUACUCUCGUUGUUACGGAACAAUGUUGAAGAAUCAAACAAUUAACUCCACUUCAAUCCCGCCGCAUCUGUAUCUUCACAUCCUACAUGAUUCAAGAGAUGAAGACAAGAUGUUCUUCUGCCAAAAGGAUCAAACUAUGAUGAACAAAGUCCCUUGGUUGAUUGUCAAAGCCAAUGUCUACUUUGUUCCAUCUCUAUGGUUUAAUCCAACUUUCCAGACGGAACUAAUGAAGCUAUUCCCGCAGAAAGAAACCGUCUUCUACCACCUGGCUCGAUAUCUUUUUCACCCGACGAAUCAAGUUUGGGGUAUGGUCACAAGAUCCUACGAUGCUUAUUUAUCAAGGGCAGACGAAACACUUGGGAUACAAGUAAGGGUUUUCAGCAGACGCGCUGGUUAUUUGCAGCACGUCAUGAACCAGAUUGUAGCAUGUACACAAAGGGAGAAACUGUUGCCUGGACUAGCUACACAUGAAUCACAAGUCACCAAUACAUCAAGAAGCAAGAAACUUAAAGCUGUUCUUGUCACAUCUCUCUAUCCAGAGUACUCUAAUAACCUCAAGAAUAUGUAUUGGGAACGGCCAACUUCGACAGGAGACAUAAUAGAAGUCUAUCAGCCAAGUGGAGAAAGGUUUCAGCAAACAGACAAGAAGCUUCACGACCAAAAGGCGCUCGCCGAGAUGUAUCUUUUGAGUUUAACUGAUAACACUGUCACAAGCGCAAGGUCUACGUUUGGAUAUGUUGCUCAUAGUCUUGGAGGGUUAAAGCCAUGGUUACUCUAUCAACCAACGAGAGGUAAAACUCCUGAUCCACCAUGUGUUCGUGCUGUAUCCAUGGAGCCUUGUUUCCUUACUCCUCCCACUCAUGGAUGUGGAGCUAAGAAGAGAACUAACUCGGCCAAAGUCGUGCCUUUUGUGAGACAUUGCGAGGAUCUUUGGCAUGAUGGGCUUAAACUAUUUGAUGAUACUAAAGAUGAGUUAUAGAUGGUGUUACAAAAAAAAAGAUGUUAUUCCACUGAAAACAGAGAAACUUAAAUGAAUUUUUAU